GCAGGCCUUGGCUGUACUUGGCUUUCCAGUCCUGGGUUUCCUGUGCACAUUUCUACUCAGUAUUCUGUGGAAGUCACACCAGCAGUCUGGAACCUGUAGAACAUGUUCAGUCUGAUCAAGCUGCCUCCCGUCUUCAACGUACACCAAGUGCCUAAAGCUUUCCAGGAGGACAGUAUUAUCUCUGGGUAUCGUCACCCUCGCAGCUCUGCUACUGACUGCCUCCUCAGCCUGUUUCAGCUCACCAACGAGACUCUCAAUGUCUGGACACAUUUUUUACCCACCUGGUAUUUUCUCUACAAGCUGUUGACGGUGGUCUGUAUGCAGGAUGUGUGGACUGAUGCGUACACAUGGCCACUGCUGGUGUACCUGUUGUCCUGCUGCGUGUACCCGCUGGCAUCCAGCUGUGCUCACACGUUCAGCACCAUGUCCACACGUUCCCGACACAUCUGCUACUUCUUUGACUAUGGAGCGCUCAGUCUAUACAGCUUGGGUUCAGCUAUUGCCUACUCUGCAUACGUUGUGCCAGAUGCUUGGGUGAACAGUGCGUUUCAUGUAUAUUAUGUUCCUGUGGCUGUAAUCAAUUCUGUGGUGUCCACUACCAUGGCCUGUUACUCCAGGCUUGGCUUCCCUCCACACUCUAACCCUGACAGAUUUGCCGAAAGCAAGAGACCCAGGUUGGGUAAGGUGCUGCGUAUUCUGGCCUUCUCUUACCCCUACCUGUUCGACAACAUUCCUCUCUUCUAUAGGAUCUUCCUGUGUGUAGGAGAAGGCUGCACUGCAAAUGAAGUAAACGGUCUCCACGUUUAUCACGCAUUCCUGGCUUUCCUCACAGGCUUUCUGUUUGCCACACAUCUGCCCGAGAGGCUGGCACCUGGACGUUUCGACCUGAUAGGCCACAGCCACCAGCUGUUCCACGUGUGUGGGAUCAGUGGCACACACUUCCAGAUGCAGGCCCUAGAGAUGGAUAUGGGUCUGAGGCGGUCGUGGCUGCAUGAUCACGCUCCUGCCAUUACAUUCAGAGGGACUGUGGGAGCCAUCACACUGUCCAGUGUCAUUAGCCUGGGCAUCAUCUGUUUCUUCAGUUAUCCUCUCUUUUACAGCACAGCUCAGGGAGAAGCCACCAGAAAAGCUUCUAGUGCAUCCAAGAAGAACUGACAGCACCAACCACAGCUCUCUGAGUUUGGCACUGAUCCACUGAAGGGUUACAAUAAUGCAUAAUAAAUGCACAAGGGGUUUGAGGAAAGUGUUUUUGAAAAGUGAAGGAAUAAUCUAGCAUUUUUCAACCUAAUCUUAAUCUUUUCUCCUCUGAGAAAAGAUUGGAAAAACCUCAUUAACUUACUUAUAAUGGAAUUCUAGAGCAAGUUGUUGAGUCAUGGUUUAUAACAAAGCCCGUAUUUUUGUACAGAGCGCUUUCAGGAAUUCAACAAAAACCAUUAAAUAUGGGACUUCAUUUUUAUAUUCAUUAUAAGAAUUUGCCACGUUCUAGUGGUGAACAUGGAAGUACCGUCUUGUCCAUCUGAUCAUAUACGGUGGCCACAAAACCUUUGGGAGUGAUUAACAACAGGAAAAACUUCCCAUUAUAUUCAUUCAGUUUUAAAUUAGUUGUAAAUUUACAUUUGUUUUCACGCUGCCCCAUAUUUUAAAGAUUCAACUGCCCAUAGACUUUCAUUAUAAGUGAGUUAUAUAUUUAUAAAAUUCACUAUUCAGGAGGUAUAAAUGUAUAAGUGAGUUUUGUGUGUGUGUGUGUGUGUGUGCGUGUGUGCAUGCAUAUAUGGCCAAAUAUGUGAGUGUGUGUUUUUGAGUGAAUGAUAUAGGGGUGUAACAAUACACUCCAGUCAUGAUUCAGUUCAUGAUACUGGUUUGAUUAUCCGAUUCAGAAUAUUUCUGAACCUGUUCCAGCAUGAUGGUGCCACUGUGUACAAAGCUAUAGCUCUAUGAAGACAUGGUUUGAGGAGGCUGGUGUGAAAGAACUCGAAUAGCUUUCACAGAGCCCUGACCUCAACCCCACUGAAUAACUUUAGGAAGAAUUAAACACCAGCCUUCACAGAAGAGUGAAGGUUAUUACAGGAAAGGAGGACUAAAUCUGGCAUGCAGUGUUCAGCAAGCACAUAUGAGUCUGAUGGUCAUGUGUCCACAAACUUGAUGAGAAGUAUGGCAUGCAGUGUAUACAGCUCUGGGAAAAAAAACCCCUAAGAGACCACUGCAAAAUAAUGAGUUUCCACCAUGUAUUGGUGAGAUGAACAGUUUUGUUUCAUUUGUGAACUGCUGACAAUAUUUCUACUAAAUUCAGAAUAUAACUAUUGAGUGUAUAUUUAAAGGAAAUGACAACACAUCUAAAUAACCCAAGAUCAUGCAGUAUUUGCAGAGCUUUAAUAACUCAAAUAAAACAAAAUGCAAAUAAUUUGUAAACAGAUUGUGUUAAUGCUUUGGCUAAAUAACAUUAAGAAAUCAGUAUUUGGUGGAAUAACAUUUGGUGGAUUUGCAUGCGUUUUAGCUCCAUGCUCUCCACCAGUUUUUCACAUUGCUGUUGGGGAACUUUAUACCACUCUUUUUGCAAUAAAGCAAGCAGCUCAGCUUUGCUUGAUGGUUUGUGACCAUCCAUCUUCCUCUUGAUAACAUUCCAGAGGUUUUCAAUAGGUUUCAAAUCUGGAGAUUGGUUGGCAGUGGCCUAUUUUAUUUAUUUAUUUAUUUUUUCAGAGCUGUAUAUGACUGUUGACGCUGGGAAAAGAAAAGCUAAUGGGACUUUGUGUAAUUUUAAUAUUUUGUGUUAAAGGGUAUUAGACUUUAUAAUAAAAAAAAAAAAUCCACACAGUUUUAUAAUGACUGAGAAAAUUCUUUCUUUCAUUUCCUGUUCAGUUUUGCCGUAGAUCUGGAGCCAUACUGGGUAUGAGGUGGGAAUACACCCUGGAUGGGAUGCUAGUCUAUCACAGGGCCCCAUGCGCACACACACACACACACAUUCUCAGGGUAAUGUAGAGUCGCCAGUCCUUGGCAAUCCAUUAUAGAGGGUCACACACACAGCUGUGAAAUGGCUAUCAGUGCUCUCUGCUAUGCCACUAUGUAUUUCCAUAAUCAAGGAAUGAUCACAAUGACUAGGUUUUCUUUGCUGACAUCUAG